AUGAAGAUUGCCAUAUGGGCAGGAAUAGCUUGUACCUUUGUAAUAUACACAUCAAGCCUGGCCGUCAACUCGUACUUUGCCGCUCUUUACCUAGCCAAGACGUGGGACCAGCUCAUUGCUGAGGCCCUCGGAAGCACCCUGUUUCCUCUAUACUGGGCCGUCGGCCAAGGCGCAGCAAGUACCCUGCUCGACGUGUACAUCCUCAUCCUGCCCUUGCCCACCAUCUACCCGCUCAAUCUAUGCCGGCGGGAAAAGAUCCAAGUAGCAGCGGUAUUCCUGGUCGCUCUCUCGGCUCUCGUGGCGAGCGCCACAUCCCUCGUGUACAGAGUCAAAUCCAUCCAAGAUGAAAACCCGGACCUGAUGUACGACGCCGGGGUCUUGUUGCUCUGCAAGUACGUGCUGCGACCAAACCCCCCGCAGGCCCGCAGGGGAACAAACAAGGUGAGACUGAUUCUUUGUGUUAACCUCGCAGAGAUGGAGGCUUCCCUCAUAAUAUGCUCGGCCCCGGCCUUUGCCAGAUUCAUGCGCGUCCACGUCUUGGAGACGCGGGUUUUGAAAGCCCUCCAAUCGUCGUGGGGAGGCGGCCGUAGUUCCGGCAGUCGUUCCGACAUGGCAAACAGGAAGCAGGACCCGAAUCAGCCCAGGACAGGGCGCGAGAAGCGCCCCAACUACAAGGGUCGAAACUACAUGGAGAUGGGGGACAUGUGGCUGCUCAACAGUGGCGCAAGGGCCGACGUUGAAGCCGUGAAACAAGAUCCCAUAGCAAGCAACGGUGAUGCAGACGGGAUGAGAAUGGUCAAGACAUUUGAUGUCCAACAUGCGCCGUUGACGUCUUUCAAGUGA